AUGCAUGGACCGAAGUCUACAACGAUCAUUCACGAGAAGGAAGGUGCGGACGGCUACGGCCCCGCCUUCGCGACUGCCGUUCCCAAUUGCCCAGCCACAUACCGCCGACCCCCGGCGGUCAACGCGGGCAGAACAAUCGAGGCGGCUGGUGUGGCGCAUGCCAACUUCGCGCCGUCGGAUGGAAAGCCGCGAGGAAGCGAGGACUACUCCGAGAACUUAAGUGACUAUACCGUUCUGCAACAACAUGUCCUCUUCUGGGAUCGCAACAACGACGGCAUCAUCACCCCCAUCGAUGUCUGGGUCGGCUUCCGCGACCUGGGCUUCAACAUACCGACUUGUCUUCUGGCGUGUACCGUGAUCCCAUUCGCAUUUUCGUACGGGACCGUGAUGCAGCACUCGUACUUUCCCGACCCGUUCUUCCGGCUAUACGUUGAUGGCAUGCACAAGGCGAAGCAUGGCUCCGACUCGGGCGUCUACGAUAGCGAAGGUCGCUUCGUCCCCCAAAGAUUCGAAGACAUUUUCGCAAACUGCAGUGCGAGGAAAGAUAACACCUUAACCUUCAGAGAGGUCUUUGACUUGAUGAGCAGGAAUCGCUGUGCCGUUGACCCGUUUGGGUGGCUCGCUUCCUUCUUCGAAUGGGUCACAACAUGGAUGCUGCUGGCCGACGACGGAAAGGUUCACAAGGAAGAUCUGCGGAGGGUAUACGACGGAUCGUUGUUCUGGGACAUUCGAGAGAAAAGGCGCUCUGGCGAAGGUUGGAAACAGGGAUGGGGACUCGGUGGCGAUGGCUUCAUCGGCUAUCGGAAGAGGAUUGGUAUUCAUCUGUAA